AUACAAACGGUAGCAUUAGUUCAGGAUCACUGUUUUCAUUUCACUGUUUAUUUAUGUAUUAUCUAUUCAUCAAAUAUUAUUUUAAAUAAAUACUGAAAAUACUAAAAUAAUAAAAAUUUCCAGUAGAUUUUCAGUGAUAUUAAAAAUUUUUACAGAAACGGUAGGGUUUAUAGUAGAUGGUCCUGUCUAUAUUUACAGUAUUUUAAGGAUGUAAGGUGGGAGAGAGGGAAGGAGUACAAAUUGUGCAAAUUGUGUUAAGGUUAUGAAGUAGGAUGCUGUUAGAAGCUGUGUUUUUUCCCCAAAAAACUUCAACUUUUAUUUAAAAACUAAAAGAAGCACAGAGGUUUUCUUUUGGUCACUGAGGGUAAGGUUAAGGUUAGAUUUUGGUGUAGCAUAACAUUAAUUAGCUGCAAUAAUAAUUAUGUCAGUGGAAGAGCCUCUCAAAAUUAGUGAAACAAAUGUGUGUUUGUGUGUUUGUGUGUAUGUGUGUGUGUGUGUGAGAGAGAGAGAGUGUAUGAGGGUGUGUGUGUGUGCACCAGAGCAUGGACACAAAAGCGGAAGGCUGAAAUUCACACUCACUAAUGAGCUUUUUCUUGCUGCUAAUGCUCUUUUUCUGAGUCUGCUUGUUAAGUCAUUAUUCAAAUCCUUAUGAUUUUCUUAUCAUUCAGAAUAUUUGGUUGUAUUGCACUUUUUUAAAUUUUAUCCUAAAUGUAAAUUAUUAUACCAAAGACAUAGAUAAGAGAGUUUAAUGAAGUGAUAGAAAUUCAUUUGAAUUAGAAUUUUUCAGUGCAGUGGGAGCUAAGUAGUUAAAGUUCUCUGUUUUAUGAGUUCAAAUCCCAACAUUGCCAAGAGCCACUAUUGGGCACUUGAAGAAGAUCCAUAACUCUAAACUAUUCAGCUGAGUGCCUCUGUCGACCUUCUAGAUACCUUUCCAUAAAGGUUUCAGCCCAAUAAAUGAACUUUAAGUAAGAAAUAACAACUGACAGACUGCACAGUUAGACAAAAAUAAUACAUGCUGGGGUGAUGUGAUAAGGCCAGGUGCAAAGCAAAGUGGAUUAUUUUUGUGUAACAGCCCAGUCUUGAGUGAGUUACUCCGCUUAUACAACAGUGAUUUGCCAACAAUUACAAUGUUUAAUUUAUUAGAGAAUGACACAGUGCACAUUUUCUUGGUUAAAAAGUAAUGUUGUGGAACAUAUAUGAGACAAGUUAGUUCCUGUUAUCACUUAAUUUCUAGCAACAAAAAAGUUCUAGUUUUCACACCAGCAGACUUUCCCGUGCUGGGAAACUUUGCUAAGCACCAUGACUGUUACAAAGCACUGACACUCGAGACUCCUUCCAUAAAUAAAUGUCUCCUAACAAAAACUACUCUUGACUUUCUGACCAAUCAGAUUUGAGAAUUCAACUGCGCUGUGGUAUAAAUUAAAUUUAUGUUGUUUAACAUUAGACUGAAAAGCUUCUUUUUAAAGUAUCAUGCAAAAUAAUGAUUAAUAUCAGCAACGGAACAAUAAUCACCCAGCUUGUAAAUAUAUAGAUCGUUAGAUCUUUAGCUUCUUCUUGUUGUGUUGCUCUUUUAACAGUAAAUGAUUAGCAAACACAUGCGUCAUCAGAUCUGUUAUCAGGGCCAGAGGACAGCUGCUGUGUCAUGAAUGAACUGAUUACUGGAAGUGUUCUAAGCGAGUAGUGCUAUUUUAAAUGUUUUUGCUUGUGAGAGUUCACUUACGUGCUUAUUUUUGUAUUCAUUUAUUAAAGACAUCUCAAAAAUAUUAAAUAAAUCUUUUAGCCACACAGAUCUAAUGUUGGUCUCAAAUUCACAAAUUCCUCAAUUCUCUAAAUUUUUUUUUUUUUUUUUAAUGAUACUCGUUGCAGUUUACGUAUGCUGAUUUACUGGAUCCUAUAAUGAAAGCAAAACUGAACCACCUUGAACUUUGCAAACGUCACCUAACAAAAAGUACUCUUGACCUUCUGACCAAUCAGAUUUGAGAAUUCAACUGCUCUGUGGUAUAAAAUAAAUUGAUAUUGUUCAGACUGAAAAGCUUCUUUUUAAAGUAUCAUGCAAAAUAAUAGCAUGUUGUUCUUUUAACAGUAAAUGGUUAGCAAAGACGUGUCUUCAGAUCUGUUAUCAGGGCCAGAGGACAGCUGCUGUGUCAGGAAUGAACUGAUUACUGGAAUUGCUCUAAGCGAGUAGUGCAAUUUGCGAGGAUUUCCUUACAGUAUGUACAAGGGGCAUUCCUGGGAAGAAAUGCGGCACCAUUAUUGUGAAGGCUGAGGAACUGAACAACUGCAGAGAAUCUGUAAUGAUGCAAUUUUGUGGCAACAAGCUGGACAAGAAGGAUUUCUUUGGCAAAUCUGACCCUUUCCUUGUGUUUUACCGCAGCAACGAGGACGGAACAUUCACCAUUUGCCAUAAGACAGAGGUGGUGAAGAACACCCUGAACCCUGUAUGGCAGGCCUUCAAGAUCCCCGUCAGAGCCUUGUGCAAUGGAGACUAUGACAGAACAAUCAAGGUUGAAGUGUAUGACUGGGACAGAGAUGGCAGCCACGAUUUCAUUGGCGAGUUCAGCACAAGCUACAGAGAGUUGUCCAGAGGCCAGUCCCAGUUUAACGUAUAUGAGGUCAUUAAUCCAAAGAAAAAAGGAAAGAAGAAAAAAUACCUCAAUUCUGGAACGGUAACACUUCUGUCAUUCCUUGUGGAUAUUGAAGUCACCUUCCUAGACUACAUUAAGGGCGGGACUCAGAUUAAUUUCACCGUGGCAAUUGAUUUCACCGCCUCAAACGGCAACCCUGCCCAGCCAACUUCCCUACACUACAUGAGUCCAUACCAGCUGAAUGCCUAUGGCAUGGCUCUCAAAGCCGUGGGAGAGAUCAUUCAGGACUAUGACAGUGACAAGAUGUUCCCAGCGUUGGGCUUCGGUGCCAAGCUACCCCCCGAUGGGCGUGUAUCCCAUGAAUUCGCACUGAAUGGGAACCCACAGAACCCAUACUGUAAUGGAAUAGAUGGUGUAAUGGAGGCAUACUACCAGAGCCUGAAGUCUGUGCAGCUUUACGGACCCACCAACUUCUCUCCCGUCAUCAACCACGUAGCAAGGUACGCUGCCUCUGUGAAGGACGGUUCGCAGUAUUUCGUCCUCCUCAUCAUCACAGACGGAGUGAUCUCUGACAUGGCCCAGACCAAAGAGUCCAUCGUCAAUGCUUCAUGUCUUCCCAUGUCAAUUAUCAUUGUUGGCGUUGGACCCGCAGAGUUUGACGCGAUGAUUGAGUUGGAUGGGGAUGAAGUCAGGAUCUCGUCCAGGGGCAGAUAUGCAGAAAGGGACAUUGUGCAGUUUGUCCCGUUUCGGGAUUACAUUGACCGAACAGGGAACCACAUCCUCAGCAUGGCGCGGCUGGCAAAGGACGUACUGGCCGAGAUCCCGGACCAGUUCCUGUCCUACAUGAGGACCAGAGGCAUCAAACCUUUACCUGCACCGCCUCCGUACACACCACCAGGACAGCCGCUACAGACCCAGAUCUGACCCGUUCUCAUCCGUCUCUCUCUCUAUAUAAAUCUCCCAAUGAUGUGGAGGGGCACUUCUCCCCCUUCUCUAUCUGUCUCUCUCUCUCAUGUUGCACUAUAGGCACUGGAAGGAUGAAGACACCGUGGCCAAACAGGGCCAGUGAGGCCUGAUUUACUUCCAUUACAAGCAUUCUUCUGUCAGGGUCUCUCUCUCUCCCUCUCUCUCUCCCUCUCUCUCUGUCAGAACCUGGCUUAUCUCUUGUAGCCUCACUAAAAUGGACUGAGCUUGACCUUUGUUCGGGCUCACUACUGAACUGAAGAAGAAAAGAAGGGAUCAGUUGACAUCGUUUCUUGGAGCUGCAUGCUUUUCCAGGAGAAAGGCCGAGGUGCUGCUUCCUCUGGCCGCAAUCACUCGACUGUUGUAAAUAACUUUGGAAACUGAUAAUUUCCUUUUACUUAUAUAUAUUCCUCUCUCUCUCUUCUCUCUCUCUCUCUCUCUCUCUCUCUCUCUCUCUCUCUCUCUUGCUUUCUAUAAGCUCUCACUCAGUGUUUACAUGUUGAUGAUUUUCUUACUGUUGGAUACUUUUAUAUAAGCGUAAACUUUCAGUAUGAACUUUGGAAUACGACUUCUAUCUGCGUGUUGUCUUUGCCACGCAUGUCAGGCACUUACUGUCACAUUAAUUGCAUUGCAUGGCAUGGAGUAACAGCCAGCUCCGCUUCGUGAUGCAUGAAGGCCAUGUUCGACCUCAUCUGUUUUUGUUUCUCAUUCUUUUUUUCCUUUAUUCUUUCUUUCAUUCUCUCUCACAUCACCCUGGCACAAGCGUGUUGUGUGUGUGUGUGUGUGUGUGUGUGUAUGUGUGUGUGUUUGUAUGUGUGUGUGUUUUUGAAAAUCUGUUGUGUCAAAACUUUAGCAGCUGCUCUCAAAUAGGAUUUGAGACUAUGAGCCCAGUGGUCAAAAACACAGAUGCCAUUGUUUUUCUUCCAUUUCUGUCCUGUUCAUAUUUAGCAAAACACAGUACAGGUGUUUUAUUGGUUUGUAAGUCAUAAGUGUUGUUUAAAAAAAAAAAAGUGUUGUUAUCUUAAUUAGAGUUGCCCAAAGAUUUGGAUAAAAAGCACAGUUCACCAAUUUCACCUGGAUACCAUACAUGCAGGAUUUGAGUGUUCAUACUACAGUAUUUCUGCAGAGGAAAAUUUGUACUAACACAGAUUAAUAAGGUUUUUCCCCCCAGAGGCCAGGCUAUUAUUAAAUCAUAAUAUAACACAAUAAGGGUAUUUAUUUCUAUUUUUUAACCAGUGAAAUCUUCCUUCUAUACUGCACAGCCUUAAACCAAACUGGAUCUAAACAGAUUUAAAUAAAAAUAUAUGUGAGAUACAAGAUGUUUUAUUAACCAGUCACGCCUUACUUUAUGAAAACACAAUUAAAAUAAUACUUUAGAAUUUUCAGCCUGAUCUAUGUCACAUGUGUCUGUAGUGUAUUUGAGAUUAUCACAGACAAGAAUUACUAAACAUUUCCCUGUAGUGAGAGUUUUCUUUAAACUCGCUGAUCAUGAAAAUCAGGCAGUUGAUGAAUUCCAUCAGUAAGCAUCUAAAAUAUGUGACUAUGUAAACUAUUAGUGUUACAUUCCAGCCUUAGGUUGAGACAGAAAUGAGAAAAUGUUUUUUCUAAUGUGAAGUUAAGUAGCCAGAAACUGUGACUGUAACGCGUGACCACAUGUUCUUGGAAAUCUUUGCAAGAAUGUAAAAGUACGUGCUUAAUUUACAAACACCUUUGAAUUUCUGAAAUUGUCACAAAAAUAUGUUUCAGAUAAAACUUUUUUUUUUUUUUUACUCCCCCAGGAACUGACCUUACACUUUCAUAAGUGAGUUACAAGAUUUUCCAUUCUUUUCACAGUGUAGGAAAAUACUACAGAUGCGGUAGAUAGAGAUUAAGUUUAAAAAUUCUGGAGUAUUUCUUUAAAUAAAUCAAAGCUCAGUAUUUGAAAUAACUGGAAUAACCUGAACUCACCUUUUUAUUAAUAUAGUAGUCUUAUAAUAUUAAUUUUAGUUGCCAAUUUUUAUUAGGUACACCCACCAUAAACAGUCAGCUCCGGAAAUACUGACUAUACAAAUGAAGUGAGACAAAAGUGUGCCGACCUUCAUAAAUCAGACAAUGGAUAUAAAUAUGGCUACACACCUGAAAAUGCUCAUAUCCACUCUGUUCAAGUGUGGCAGGUGUGUCAGAAGAAAGCCAUUUCUUUCAUCCAAACACAAAUGUAAGAAUCUAGAAUUUGCUGUAUGCUACUGGAACCGGGAGAGAAAAAGAAAGCUUUUUGACAGCAAACAUUCAUGGUGUGUUUGGCAUAAAAAGAAGGGUGGUUAAAUUAAAAAGGAAACCCACUGUUAAGUAUGGUGGAGGAUCUGUGAUGAUUUUUUACUCCAAAGGCCUUGGGAACCAUGUUAGGAUACAUGGUAUCAUGCACUCCAUGAAGUAUCAGGAGAUUUUUAAAAAAAUGGAAAUCUGGAUGCCUCUGGGUCCUGGGUCAUGGAUGGAUCUUUCAGCAAGACAACAAUCCAAAAAAUUCACCCAAAUCCACACAAAAAAUGGUUCAAUGACCGCAGAAUGAGUUGAGACAUGACCAUCCCAGCCUGACCUAAACUCCACUGAAAAUCUGUGGAGUGAGCUGAAGAAGAGGAUCUAGAGGAUCUGAAGAGAUUCUGAGUCACGCCUUACAAGAGAAGACUCAGUGCUGUUAUGUUGUACAAAGUGCUGAAUGUAGAGAUGCCCCUUAUUUUACCCAUCAUUUCCAAGGGUGUCAAUAAUUCUUGGGUUGACUGUAGAUAAAUGUUGUAGGUAUACAAUUACUGACUAGCCAUAUUUGUCAGCCCCUCUCUACCCUGUUAAUCACUGAAAAGAGACCAACACUGACCAGAUAUUGGACAGAUAGACCUGUCAGUAAUUGUACACCUACAAAAUGCAUCAAUAUGAUAGCUGUACCUAAUAAAAUGGUCAGUGAGUGUAGAUACAAGUUAGGUGUAUCUAAUUAACUGGAAACUGUGUACUUAUAAACUGUAUUAAUCAAGUCUGUGAUUCCCUGCAUUAUCUCCCUGCCUCAGUCGCUGACUGGCUUUCUGCUUUACGUGAGCUUUGAUUUAAAAAAAAAAUCUAAUUUGUCAGUUCGAGCAAGUGUAGAUAGAUGGGUUAUUAUGUUUCAAGUAGCAUUAAGGCAUUAUAAUGAAUUGCCUUUAAGCAUUAAAUGAUAAUUAGUGACCAAUAUUUGUUAUGUCAUGUCACAGGCUCAGUUUUUUUUUUUUUUUUUUUUUUUUUAAACAUAUUAAAGAAGAAAGCCAGACAGACUUCAGGUCCCUUUGCUAUUCAUUAAAUGAUGUAAACGGCACAAUAUGUAGCAAAUGGAAUUUGAAGACAAAAAUGAACACCUCACCAAAUUUAGCUGUUUUUUCCUGUUCUGUAGUCACAGACUAGCAUAGCUAGUGUAGCUGAGUGUUUUGGGUGACGGCCGCAUGUCGUCUGGUUCUACAAUCUUUCAUGUAGCUCGCUGUUUCUGUGAGUUGGAGUGUGGAUCGCGAGGUACUUUCUCACUUGAGUUAGUAAUAUGAAUUUAAUGGCUGAUCUGCCAUUAAUUGCAAUCAGGAAUUUAUACAGUGAAGAACUGAUUACAGUCUUACACAAAGCUUUUUUAAAGGCUUCAUAAAUACAAAUCUUAUAUAAACUACAGGCCAUUAGAGUUCAGAGGAAUGGUUUAUGUGUGUGUAUUUGAGUGUGUAUGUGUACGUUGCAAACACUAACAUCAGGAGUACCAGCUGAGAUUUUUGCUCCUUGGCAGCUUGUUUUCUGCGUUCCUCAGUCCAACUGUGGUUCGCAAUGCCACAGCUUCGCCAAGCUCAACCACAUUACAGCAUGUGUGUGUGUGUGUUUGCGCGCGUGCGUCCGUGCGUGUGUAUAUGUGUGGUGUGCAUGAGUGGUGGUGAUGGACUAAUCUGACAGGAUUCAUCAGAGGUGUGAUUUCAUUCACAUGAACUCUUGUUUACUAAAAAUAUCCAAAUAUAUUGUAUGCUUGUCAUAUCUUAUUAUAUAAUGUGCACUAUGUUUGCAUGUACAUUUUUAAAGGAGAUGAACUAGUUUUUUUUUGUUAUUAAUAGAGUGUUUUUGGGGAAAAAUGUUUUAAAAAUGUCAUAAUAUCUGUACAAAAUGGCCUUAAUCUCUCACUGAAUUCUUGGAAUCGUGCAAUGCCUUCAGAUAUGAAUUGUUCUAUAUUUUGUGUCAGUGUAGAAUUGCUUUCUAGUGUAUAUUCUCUUUGCACAGAUUCAUGUAUGAAAAAAUAACAUAUUGUACUUUUUGCUAAUCAGUGAUUAAUCAGAGAAAGCAUGAUUGCAGUACUGAUUGUCUGGUAAAUCCAUAUGAUUAAAUGACUAUUUCUGUAUCAAAGUAUCGAUUUUGGAAUAAACAUUCUUACUAAACACA